UUGACUAAACGAGAUGUGGCUGGGUUUGCUAUUGGUGGACUAAGUGGUGGGGAGGAGAAGGCCAUGUUCUGGAGAAUGGUGGAUGUGUCUACAGACUGUCUACCUGAUGAUAAACCUCGAUAUCUUAUGGGAGUAGGGUUUGCGGAAGAUCUUGUUGUAUGUUCAGCACUGGGUUGUGACAUGUACGACUGUGUGUUCCCAACAAGAACAGCGAGGUUCGGAAAUGCACUUGUCAGAAGUGGGAGCUUGAAUCUGCGGAAUAAAAUGUUUGCUAAGGAUUAUCGACCUAUUGAUGACAAGUGUGGAUGUUCUACCUGUAGACAGUAUACACGUGCAUACCUACACACCAUAGCAACCAAUGAGGCGGUAGCUUGUUCACUAAUAUCAGUGCACAACGUAGCGUUCCAGCUUGACUUAAUGAGAAGUAUACAGAAGAGCAUAAAGGAAGACAAAUUUCCAGAAUUCAUACAUGAAUUUUUCCGUAUACUGCAUCCAGAUGGUACAUAUCCAGGGUGGGCAGUCGAGGCAUUGAAUAAAGUGAAUGUGCAUUUAAAUAACUGUGAUAUACAAAAUGGAUCAAAAGGUGCAAUAAGUAAAGAAAUAAAGUCUUAGCUUUUUUA